AAGCAAUCCGCUUCCCCCGCAUCCUGCAACUUUAUCGAACUCCACAUCCCACUGCAGGAUACGCCCCCGAAGGCUCCCGUCCGGUUCAUCUGUUUGGCUGCCCUCGCAGGAUGGGCCUUCUCCUCAAAAGGCUGAGCUCGCGGCAGCGGCUUUCCCGCCCUUCCCGAGCGCUCCCGAGCUGCCGGGCGCUGGCUGGCCUCCACUGGGCCCCGGGUCCCCGGGCGCACGGGGGAGCGGCCGCAGCCCUCGUGGGCGUCCAGCCGGCUCGGGGCUGACACGCCUCUCCACGCCGCCACGGGCGCCUCGGGGAAGAGGGUGGCGAGGUGCGCCUGAGGCGGGGAGGUCCCGGAGGCCGACUCCGGUCUGCGGCGCGCGCUCCACGCGCCUCUCUGGCGCGCCCCCGGCUCCUCCCGCUCGCUCCCGCGGCGACGAACGCGUGUCCUCGUGCCCGCGCCCCCGCGCGGCGGACGCACGGCGGCGAGCGCGCGCGCGCCCCGGCGACCGUCCCCGGGAGCCGAGCCAGAGCGAGCAUAGGGCCGGGCGCGCAGGAGUGAAAAGGAGGCGGCGGCCGCGGCUGCGAGCAACAGCUCCGGGCGCCCUGAGCCGUACAGAGCCGGCGCAGGGACGAUUUCUCAUUUUAAUUUCACAGUAGUUUUUUUUUUUUUUUAUUUAAUUUAAACGGCUUUUUUUUUUCAUGGCGCUGGCCCCGAGUCAGCGGGCGCUUUUCUCCGCACCAAGAUGGGUUUUGCCUUUUCCGUCGUGGGCACCCGUGGUGGCCUGAUUGUCAGUCAGCUCCGGGCGUUUUCAAGGCCGGGAGCCCAGCGCUGCGCGUAGGCGGGUCUCCCUGCACAGUGGUUUGGUUUUUUUUUUUUUUUUUUUUUUCAAUUAUCGUGAGCCUUAGGGGCCGAGAAGAGUCGGCCUCGUGCUCCGUCGCCUCUGCAUAAGCGGCGGCGAGGUGGAGGUGGGUCGCUCGGAGGGUGCCGUUCCCCGGGUGAGCGAGCCCCGGCUUCCCCCCACCCCCGCGCACUCCUGCCGCCCCACCAGUGUGUCCUCUCCUUGCCGACGCCGGGAAAAUGGAGGCUGUGAUUGAGAAGGAAUGCAGCGCGCUCGGAGGCCUCUUCCAGACCAUCAUCAGCGACAUGAAGGGGAGCUAUCCGGUUUGGGAAGAUUUCAUAAACAAGGCUGGAAAGCUGCAGUCUCAGCUUCGGACAACUGUAGUAGCAGCAGCUGCCUUCUUGGAUGCCUUUCAGAAAGUGGCUGACAUGGCCACCAACACACGUGGAGGUACCAGGGAGAUCGGGUCUGCCCUCACCAGGAUGUGCAUGAGGCAUCGGAGCAUCGAGGCCAAGCUGAGACAGUUCUCCAGUGCUUUAAUCGAUUGUCUAAUAAACCCACUUCAAGAACAGAUGGAAGAAUGGAAGAAAGUGGCCAACCAGCUGGAUAAAGACCAUGCGAAAGAAUAUAAGAAAGCUCGCCAAGAGAUUAAAAAGAAGUCCUCAGAUACGCUGAAACUGCAGAAGAAAGCGAAAAAAGGGAGGGGUGACAUCCAGCCCCAGCUAGACAGCGCACUGCAGGACGUCAAUGACAAGUACCUGCUGUUGGAAGAAACAGAGAAGCAGGCAGUGCGGAAGGCCCUGAUCGAGGAGCGCGGCCGCUUCUGCACCUUCAUCUCCAUGCUGCGGCCUGUGAUUGAAGAAGAAAUCUCAAUGCUUGGGGAGAUUACCCACCUGCAGACCAUAUCGGAAGACCUCAAGAGCUUGACCAUGGACCCUCAUAAGCUGCCGUCCUCCAGCGAGCAGGUGAUUCUGGACCUGAAAGGUUCUGACUACAGUUGGUCAUAUCAGACGCCACCCUCAUCCCCCAGCACCACCAUGUCCAGGAAGUCCAGCGUCUGCAGCCUCAACAGCGUCAACAGCAGUGACUCCAGAUCCAGUGGCUCCCACUCCCACUCGCCCAGCUCGCAUUACCGCUACCGCAGCUCCAACCUGACGCAGCAGGCGCCUGUGAGGCUGUCCAGCGUGUCCUCCCACGACUCAGGGUUUAUAUCCCAGGAUGCUUUCCAGUCCAAGUCUCCAUCCCCCAUGCCGCCGGAGGCUCCCAACCAGAACUCGUCCAGCUCGGCCUCCUCGGAAGCCUCGGAAACCUGCCAGUCAGUGAGCGAGUGCAGCUCCCCCACUUCCGUGAGCUCAGGCUCCACCAUGGGGGCCUGGGCGUCCACAGAGAAGUUGUCUAACGGGCUUUCUCACUAUAGUCUGUCCAGUGAGCCCCACGUGGGGCCCGUGGGCGCAGGCCUUUACCCUCCCUGCCUGCCUGCCUCCCGCCUGCUCCCUCGCGUCACCUCUGUCCACCUUCCAGACUACGCUCAUUAUCACACCAUUGGGCCCGGCAUGUUCCCGUCAUCUCAGAUCCCUAGCUGGAAGGACUGGGCCAAGCCGGGACCCUAUGACCAGCCCCUGGUGAACACGCUGCAGCGUCGCAAGGAUAAGCGUGAGGCAGACACCAACGGAGGGGGACCCACCACCGCAGGGGGCCCAGCAGCCGUGGACGAGGCUCAGAGGCCGCGGAGCAUGACCGUGUCGGCUGCCACCAGGUCCGGCGAGGAGAUGGAGGCCUGUGAGGAGCUGGCCCUUGCUCUGUCGCGGGGCCUGCAGCUGGACACGCAGAGGAGCAGUCGGGACUCGCUGCAGUGCUCCAGCGGGUACAGCACCCAGACCACCACGCCGUGCUGCUCUGAGGACACCAUCCCCUCCCAAGAGGAGCCAAAAAGCCGAGCGGCCGCCGUGGAUGUGUCUAACCAAACCCUGCCAUCAGUUUCAGAUUACGAUUAUUUCUCCGUAAGCGGCGACCAGGAGGCCGAGCAGCAGGAGUUCGACAAGUCCUCCACCAUCCCCAGAAACAGCGACAUCAGCCAGUCCUACCGCCGCAUGUUCCAAGCCAAGCGCCCCGCCUCCACUGCCGGCCUCCCCACCACCCUGGGGCCCGCCAUGGUCACCCCCGGGGUGGCAACCAUCCGACGGACCCCUUCCACCAAGCCCUCCGUCCGCCGGGGCACCAUCGGAGCUGGGCCCAUCCCCAUCAAGACACCUGUGAUCCCAGUCAAGACCCCGACCGUGCCUGACCUCCCGGGGGUGUUGCCUGCCCCCAUGGACGGGCCGGAGGAACGCACGGAGCAUAGCCCCGAGGCACCGCCAGUGGCCGAGGGCCCGCAGGGUGUUGCCCCCAUGCCCUCCUCCCUGUGGAGUGGCCAAGCCUCCAUCAACCCCCCACUCCCCGGCCCGAAGCCCAGCAUCCCCGAGAGUGACGCUGAAGACCAGGAGAGGGAGCCCCCAAGUGCCGUAGGGUCCCCGGGCCAGGGGGCGGAGAGCGACCCUGCGGAGCUGAGCCCGAGAGACACUCCGCAAGGAGAAGACAUGCUGAAUGCCAUCCGGCGGGGCGUGAAGCUGAAGAAGACCACCACCAACGACCGCUCAGCCCCUCGCUUCUCCUAGGCGCGCCGCAGACGCUGCCUGUGAGCAGCAAACUCUGGAAUUGAAGAAAACCCCUAUCUGUCUCGAUCCAUUCCAAUCUAUAAUCAAAGUAUUUUGUAGGCCACUCAAAAUACAGCUCUUUUGAAACUACUCCACAUCUUUAGAUAUAAGAAUUAAAAGCAACAUGUAACUGACAUAAUCUUGAUCUUUUAAUUUGUAAAUAUUGACAGUUUUCUUUCUGCACAUUUUAAUCUUAGGUUUUUUUUUCCCUUUUGAUUUUUCUGAAGGUGCCAAAUUCCAUUUAACUUUUUUACAAGUCUUUGUAAAAUUUUCAACAUGUACGGGGGAGGGGCGGUUGGGGCAGGGGAACCAAUAAGUAGUUAAUUUCAGAAAAUAAUUCAUAUACUCAGCUCUUUUCUUUUCCCUGUAAGCUUUUUGUAGAUGCAUCAUAAUAGUCUAGCUUAGGAGCAAACUCAAGUUCUUUUAAUGUACAAACAAAAUGGCUAAGGCUGGGGAGGCAUCCUCACCUGAUACACCAUGUUGUGGAUGGCCAGAGCAGGGGUCACAGUUGAUGAGCAAUACUCCGCAUGAAGGAAACCUGCGGAUGGUGGACUGCUGGGAUUUGGGGGAGGCCGGGAGAGGGGCACAGU